GUUUCAGCGGAAGAACGCUGUGGCCCCGGAGCUAACAGUUCGCCUGACAGACGGGACGAACAGCUGGUGUGUUGUGGACCACCUGUGUGUGUGAGCCGUUCUGAACCGAACCGAGCCGAGCCGAGCCGAGCCACAUCUUCAGUGGGUUUAUUACAGAGAAUCCAGGUGUUCCACAGCUGGACCUCAACAGGGAGUUAUGGCUUUUUGGAGGAAACGGUGGAGCAGAAACCUCCUGGCUGUGUCUCUGUCCGUCUGUGUCCUGCUCCGCUCCGUGGACGUGGACGCACGUCCAGCCAACAUGUCCUCCUCCAAAAACAAGAGCCAAGCCGGAAAGGAGGAGAACGAGAUCCUGCCCCCGGACCACCUGAACGGGCUGAAGAUGGAGAGAGACGGCCACCUGAACAAGGACUUCCACCAGGAGGUGUUUCUGGGGAAAGACAUGGAGGAGUUCGACGAGGACUCGGAACCCCGGAGGAACAGGAAGAAGCUGAUCGAGAUCUUCACCAAAGUGGACGUGAACAGGGAUAACAGUGUGAGUUCUAAGGAGCUACAGGAGUGGAUCAUGGAGAAGACCAAGGAGCACUUUCAGGAGGCCAUGAAGGAGAACAAGAACAGCUUCAGUGCCGUUGAUCCGGACGGAGAUGGUUACGUGACAUGGAACGAAUACAAGAUCAAAUUUCUAGCUAGCAAGGGUUUUGAUGAAAAGGAGAUGGCAGAUAAAAUAAAGCUGAAGGAAGAUCUGAAACUGGACGAGGAAACUCAGGAGGUGUUGGAGAGCCUGAGGGACCGCUGGGUUCAGGCUGACAGCCCCCCACCUGACCAGAGGCUGGACGAAGAGGAGUUCCUGUCCUUCCUCCAUCCUGAGCACAGCAAAGGCAUGCUCAAAUACAUGGUGAAGGAGAUAGUUCGAGACUUGGACCAGGACAAUGACUUUAAACUGACGCUGUCAGAGUUCAUCUCGUUACCUGUGGGCACUGUGGAGAACCAGCAGGGCCAGGACAUCGAUGACGACUGGGUCAAAGAGAGGAGGAACGAGUUUGAGAAAGUCAUCGACUCAAACCACGACAGCAUCGUAACCAUGAAGGAGCUGGAGGAGUACAUGGACCCGAUGAACGAGCACAACGCUCUGAACGAGGCCAAGCAGAUGAUCGCAGUCGCCGACGAGAACCAGAACCAUCAGCUGGAGCUGGAAGAGAUUCUCCGCUACAGCGAAUACUUCACGGGCAGCAAGCUGAUGGAUUACGCCAGAAACGUUCACGAGGAGUUCUGAAGCCCCGCCCCCACCCCACCUCCCUCACCGGCUUCAGGGACAAGCCUGGGCGGAGAGGGGGACACACCGUGAGACGUCCACAUGAUGAGACAUUGUAUACGUCGCUGCAGACUCCAGAUAUUAGACUGCUCCUUUUAGACCCCACCAUCACAUGUCACAGCCUGCAGAAAGCUGCCAUGCUGCGUUUCUCAAAUGUUUGUCUGCUCUCUGAAAUGUUUGUCUGUUCUCUGAAAUGUGUGUCUGCUCUCUGAAAUGUUUGUCUGUUCUCUGAAAUGUGUGUCUGCUCUCUGAAAUGUGUGUCUGCUCUCUGAAAUGUUUGUCUGUUCUCUGAAUUGUGUGUAUAUGAGAAGUUUUAGUCGUGAGCAGACGGUUUGUUGCAGGUGCAGCAGCUCAGCAUGCAGUGUAAAUAUUCCCAUGAGUCCAUCAGAGGAAGCUGCUGCUGAGCUCAGAUAAAACACAUUYUUGUUUCUAAAGGUGAUGUUGUUGCACAGGUCAGGUUUCUGCAGAACACCCAUAAACUCCUCUGUUCAACAUUAGGAACAGACAAUAAGAUAUGAAACUAUGAACAGGAGACACAUCAGUUGCUGUGAAGAAUACAACUCUGAGAUUUGUUCAUGUUUUCAUCCAUGUCCAAGACAAUAAAUUAAUUUAUAAUAUUGUGUUAAAAA